AUGGCGGCGUUCGUGAACGGCGAGGAGCUGGCGGUGACGCUGGCGCCGGUGGCCGUGUACUGGGUGUACGCGGGCAUGUACGAGCUGCUGCUGGCGCGCACCACGGUGCUGGACAGGUACAGGCUGCACUCGCGGCGGGACGAGGAGACCAAGAACAUCGCCUCCCGGAAGGACGUCGUCAGAGGGGUGCUCCUGCAGCAGGCCAUCCAGGUCGCCAUCUCCGUGGCCGUCCUCAAGCUAGAGGGUCACGGCGCCACCGCCAACGACACCGACGGUGGUCUCGCGCCGCCGGCGGACGAGGAGCCGCUCCUGGUGGUGGCGGCGCGGUUCGGCGUGGCGAUGCUGGUGCUGGACGCGUGGCAGUACUUCAUGCACCGGCUCAUGCACUCGGUCCCCUGCAUGUACCGGCGGUUCCACUCGUGGCACCACCGCGUGGCGGCGCCGUACGCGUACGCGGCGCAGUACGGGCACCCCGUGGACGGCGUGCUCACGGAGACGCUGUCGGGCGCCGCCGCGUACCUGGCCUCGGGGAUGCACCCGCGCGCCGCCGCGGCCUUCUUCGUCUUCGCCACCGUCAAGGGCGUGGACGACCACUGCGGCGUCGCCGCGCCCUGGAACCCGCUCCACGCCGCGUUCCGGAACAACGCCGCCUACCACGACGUGCACCACCAGCGCGGCGGCGGCCGGCGCAACUUCUCCCAGCCCUUCUUCGUGGUCUGGGACCGACUGCUCGGCACGCACGCGCCGUACGACCUGAGACAGAGGCACGGCGGCGGGCUCGAGGUCAAGGCCUUCGACAAGGAUCGUCAGAUGCACCAGUAGUAUCUUUUUGUUGCACUGCAGGCUGGCGCCACGCUACGCCAGCCUCGUUCACCGCUUAGCUUUGGCUCGUAGCAGGAGUGUCUGUAGUGCCGCCCAUGCAGCCAUGCAUGCCCCCACCACGCCAUAUCAUAUCCCGUGUAACCUUAUAGGUAUCGUGUACAGAAACGAAUAAUGUAAACAGCCAAAUCCAUCAACUUGGAUUCUGCCUUCCUCUGAUGGUAGCAGUACAAGUUAGCUUCAGGACUGUAAGCGCUUGAGACUUCGAAAGAUGCAGAUAUAUAAACGCUUGAGACUUCGAACAACAUCGAACAUGUAGAUCACAGAAAUACUUGCAUCUGACAUAUUUAGUUUAAACUCACACAUGACACGCCUGGCAGGCAGAUCAUACUGCAGCCUGCAGACCUAGCGCCCCCAUGUACAUACAUGAAAAAAA